AUGAAAAUCGACAUUUCUACGAGAUUUCCUCCAAACUCUUGUGGAAUACGUUUAAUGGCAGCAGAAAAUCAAGGAAAAAGAACUCCGGCUAGGGUACAAGUGGAUCCUUCCACAAUUAAUGCAAGUUCAAAGCCUGAGCAGACAGGUCAGACUUUUAACAUAUGGUAUAAUAAAUGGACCGGAGGUGAACAUAAUGGGCGAGCGGGAUUGGUUCAUGCUAAAACACGAUGUCAUGUUACGAGGGAUUCGGGCUAUACGAAAGCUGACAAGCAUUUUAAGCAGGAUUCCUUAAAUACAGAUCACUUCUUCUGCCUAUAUUUUGCCCGGGGUUGUUGUUGCAAUGGAAGAAGAUGUGAGUAUCUUCACCGAAUACCGGGAAGCACAGAUAAAUUUCCACAGACUGUGGAUUGCUUUGGUAGAGAAAGGUUUUCCGAAUACAGAGAAGAUAUGUCCGGUGUAGGUUCAUUUGGCCGUGAGAAUAGAACGCUUUACGUGGGUCGGAUAAAUGAUAUGGGGAAUAAUGUUGAGCUUCGUAUCAGCAAGUGUUUUGGCGAGUUUGGUGAUAUCGAGCACAUCCAACUUGUGAAGGAUAAGAAAAUUGCAUUUGUCACAUAUAGAUACGAGAGUCAGGCGCAAUUCGCAAAGGAAGCAAUGUAUUGCCAGGGGUUGAAUGAAAAUGAUGAGAGUGAAGUAUUGAACGUUCGCUGGGCCCUAGAAGAUCCCAAUCCAAGAACUCAAAAGCGUAUGAGGGCAGAAGCAGAGCAGAGUGCUCUUGAAACGGCCCAGGAACUUUUGAAACGAGUUGCCGAAAGUCGCCGUUUGGAGAAUGAGGAAUCCUUAAAUGAACCUGAAGUUGAGGAAGUCGAUGAUAAUGAUGAUGUUGCCAUUCAGAGGGAGACCAAGAUGAUUGAAAAUCAAGAGCAUGAGAAGCCAAGGAAGCUUCAAGAUAUUAUCAGCGCCAGUAACUUAGAAUCACUUGGGCGUUUGAGAAUAAAGAAAAGGCGUAUAGAGCACAAGUUCGAGACGAAUACUGAACCCAGGCAAGAUCUACAAAGUAUUUUGGCUGAAUAUUCAAGUAGCAGUGAUGAUGAUACGGAUUAA